UCAGUGCAAGCAGUUGCAGCUGCUGCAGCAGCUCAGUGUCAUCCCUGGGCUGCCUUUAGAGCAGACCUGCUCCAGCCUGGAUUGGGAAGGGCUGGAUCAAAGCAUUUCUCAGUUCAAGGUGCCAGCAGCCAGCCAGGGGCUGCAUCCUGAGCAGGAGCUGCUGGUGCAGGUGUCCCUCCCUCCCACUGCAGGUCCCUGUUCACAGUUAUCUUCUUUUCCAGAGAUGAGCUUCACCCACCUCAAUUCACUCCCCAACCACCAAAGGAGAUGAGAACAUGUUUGCAUUGCCCAGCGUCUCGAUGGAGGCACUUCAAGGCUGGAAAGCAGGAGGCAGCCACAGCCCUGACUGAAGAGCAGGAUUUGACCCAGUCUUCAGGAGCAGAGGCUUCCAGUAUCCUGCCAGUGUCAGGUGUGCUGCAGCCAGGAGAGAGCCAGCAGGUCUCCUUGCCCUUCUCUGGCCACCUCAACAGCAUCUCCAGUGCCACGGCGCUGUGCCACGUGGAGGGAGGCCCCAGCUCCGAGGUGCUGGUGCCCGGGGAGGCCUCACGUGCCAGCUGCUCCCCGAGCCCCCAGGAGAUCAACUGUGGCUCUGGGGCACCUCUCAGGGAGAGAAGGGAGCUGAAGCGGCCAGCUCCAAAGCUUGAGGAGGAGACAAAAGCCUUGGCGGAGGAAGAGAGGCAGAAGGAGAAAGAGAAGCAGAAGAAAGAAAAGAAGGGUGUCUCUGUGGGGAAGGAACCUCCAAAAGCAGAGAAGGGGAAAACCAAACCCACAGAGAAGAAGGAAAGCAAGGCCCCAGAGAAGAAGGACACCAAAAUCUCAGAGCAGAUGGAAACCAAAGCCCCAGACAAGAUAGAAACCAAACUCCCAGAAAAGAAAAACAAACAUCCAGAAAAGAAGGAAACCAAAUUCCCAGAGAGGAAGGAAAGCAAGGCCCCAGAGAAGAAGGACACCAAAGCAUUAUUAGAGAAGAAGGAAACUAAAUUCCCUGAGAAGAAGGAAACCAAAGCUCCAGAGAAGAUUGAAAACAAACUCCCAGAAAAGAAAUACAAACAUCCAGAAAAGAGGGAAUCCAAAUUCCCAGAGAAGAAGGAAACCAAAGCUCCAGAGAAGAUUGAAAACAAACUCCCAGAAAAGAAAUACAAACCUCCAGAAAAGAGGGAAAUCAAAAUCCCAGAGAGGAAGGAAAGCAAAGCACCAGAGAGGAAGGAAUUGAAAAUCCUAAAGAAGGAAACCAAAUCUCCAGAGAAGAGAAGCAAACCUCCAGAAAAGAAGGAAACCAAAUGCCCAGAGAGGAAGGAAAUCAAAAUCCCAGAGAAGGAAACCAAGGCACCAAAAAAGAAGGAACCCAAAGCCCCAAAGAAUGGGGAAGCCAAAGUGCCAGAGAAGAGAGAGACCAAAGCCCCAAAGAAGAAGGAACCCAAAGCCCCAAAGAAGAAGGAACCCAAAGCCCCAAAGAAGGGAGGAACCAAAAUCCUAGAGAACCCAGCUGAGCUGGAGAAGAACUCUUUAUUUUAUUCACACAACUUAUUUUAUACAGUUUGACAAACCUAAUGUGCCACAUUAGUUAGUUAAUAGAUUUCUUAUUAUUAGUUAUGCCAGUUAUUCUGUUGGAUAAUAAAAUAUAUUUUACUUGUGCACCAAA